GGCCGGUAGGUAGGCGGGGGAGGAAGCGGAGGCCCGGGCCCGCCAUGGCACCGCACCGUCCGCUCUGCCGCUUCCUCGCUCUCCUGGUGCUCGCGUUACAGCUGCUCGGCGGCAGCGCCCGGCUGGCGGGCCCUACCUAUGUGUCUGAAUAUUACUCCCAAGCUCCUCAGAAACUUUCUCUGUACCAUUGGUAUGGAAGUGCUCGUCUAUUUGUCUUCCGCGUGCCGGAGAAUACUGUGGUGAUGAGAAUGAUUUUACAAACCUCCAAAGGAAAGGGAGCGCAAUGCCAGAAUAUCAACAUUACUGCCCAUUUCCGUGCAGGCGCCCCUCCAGUCAUCAAUCCUUUACACACCAAGUUUGGAACAAACACUGUUGCUCUCCCUUCAUUUAACAUCACCAUACCCUUGCUGACCCGGGACCAUACCAAUGUUUUCUUAAACAUCAGCAACCCUGUCCAGGGUGACUGGUUUGUGGCUGCACACCUCCCCGAAGAUGACGGCAAGAUUGAACUCAAGGGUUUCUCGGCCAAGUGCUCCUACAUAUUUCAGCCACAAAUGUUUGUUCAGCGAUUGCUCAACGUCCCUGUUCUUCAACCGAACACUUCACGUCGGAUGAGUGUGUCUCUUAUUCACCCUGUUACACACAUGAGAAUUUUUAUUCCUGAGAACACUGUACAACUUGCCAUUCAGAUAACAAACUGUGUUGUCAACAACCAGGUUGUGGAGGCUUGUCCUGUCACCCUGUUGAUUGGAUCAAACUCCUUGCCUAACUCUUACCUGAAGGUUGUACAUUGCAGUGAAAGUGUAAACUGCAAGAAAACGCUGGCCUCCCCACCGUGGAUGAAAUGGCUGCCGAUCACAGUGGAAAAUAGCAAUGCUGACUGGUCGGUUUUCUUCGACAUUGCAGCUCAGUUGGCAGUAUGUACACCUACAGAGAGUGGAUAUCUUCCUAUUCUAUUUAAAAACUUAACUAUGUUUAGUAAAGAUGUAACAAUGAACAACGAGGAGAUGUUUGCAGCCAGCAUGAGGACAAAUACUACUGAAGCAACAAAUGUGCAGCGAUCGUGUUUCCGUACUCGGCCUGUUCUGCGGGAAGCUUUGGAUAUUGCUUCUGUCAGGUUUUAUGUUUUGAAUGGACCGGAGGUGGCCGUCACGUCUGACUAUCCCAUCAUUCUGUUACUGAACUUGAAUACAGGACGAGACAGUGGUGGGACCAUUAUCUUAAAUUUACAAUUAAAUAAGACGUCACUGUUGACUGAAAAUGCAACGGUGUUUGCAUGCCUGAGUGCCGGCUCCCCUGUGAUAGCCAUGGAUGCCAACUCUAACAACUGUGGAGAAGCUUUAUCUUUGGGAUAUCUACUUAAAAUGAAUACUUCGCUAUUAUCAACAUACCUUCAUGUUCCUUACCCAGAGACAAGCCGUUGGUAUCUCUCCUUGCAAAUCCUGUGCCCCAAUGAUAAAGGUGGCGAUGAUUGUGGGAACGAGACUGCCCGGGUUGGAGUUUCGACCGUACUGAGUCCCUGUAUUGGUGAUUGUGGUGUGUACGGAGAAUGCAGGCUGCUUCGAGCUCAUGGAUAUCUCUAUGCUGCAUGUGUUUGUAAAGCAGGCUGGAGUGGAUGGAGCUGUACAGAUGACACCCACGCUCAGUCAUACCAAAAGCAAUUGCUGGCAACUAUGCUGCUGACAUUGAGUAAUCUGGUCUUCAUCCCCGCCAUUGUGGUGGCCGUUCAUCGCUAUUACUUUGUGGAGGCUGCUGUGUAUCUCUUCACUAUGGUUUUCUCAACGUUUUACCACGCGUGUGACCAACCAGGGAUUGCGGUUAUGUGCAUCAUGGAGUACGACACACUGCAGUACUGUGACUUCCUGGGCUCAGUCCUGUCUGUCUGGGUCACUGUUCUCUGCAUGGCCAGGUUGAAAUCCCAGCUGAAGUAUGUGCUUUUUAUCCUGGGCUCCUUGUUGAUUGCCAUGUCAAUGCAGUUAGAUCGGCGUGGUCUCUGGAACCUACUGGGGCCCUGUCUCUUUGCCAUCCUCGUCAUGUUAGCUGCGUGGGUGUCACAGUGUGUGAGACGCCGCCAUUGUUAUCCUCCCACAUGGAAGCGCUGGGUAUUUUUCUUAUUGCCAGGGAUAGGUUCAGCAGUAAUUGCCAUCGCUGUGUAUGGAUUUCUGGAAACAAAGGAGAACUAUUAUUACACGCACAGCAUCUGGCACAUUCUUGUAGCUGGAAGUGUGGUAUUUUUGUUACCGCCAGGUGGAUUAGGGGUAAAGGCAGCUCAUGCACCAGCAUCCGUGCAGAAAGUCCUAUCCACACCGGGACGGACUAUGACAAAGUGGGUGACCACUGUAGCGGAUAAGAUGCUCCGAAUCAAAUUAAGAAAAAUAGAACCUAUCUGAAGAAUUGUGUGGAAAACUGUGACACAUGAAUUUCAAAUUGGGAAAAUCUCCCUGUCCAAGUGAGGGACCAAUCAAGUGUACCCACCCAUCCAAAGGGGCAAGAUCAAUGAAAAAUGAUAGUUUAUCUCAAUGAAUAGAAAUAGUAACUGGAUACAUAUAUCAAUCAUUACAAUAAAUCAUCAAUAUUUUUCCUUUUUUGUU